AGAAAUCCUAUGUUUUCUCUAAAUUUGCACUGUUCAAUUCUUCUCAUCACCCAAUAUCUAAAAUUCACAUCUAUUUCAGAAUUCAAAUCAAAAGCAGCAGAGUUAGAAUUAAUCAAAGAAUCCCAUCCCACAUUUAUCUCCCUUCGUUGUCAACAAAUAUGGAAAUAAAAUCUACGGAAGCUACAAAGCCUUUAACCUAAACACUAAGCUCGAACUAAAAAUGAUCUAUCAAAACGACAGAAACUUCUUGGCCCAGCUAGUCACUCACAAAAUCAAACUCCCAAACAUAAAAAGAAUCAAAAUCGACCAGAACAAGAAGGAGGACUAUUCAGUCAAAUCCUUCUUCAAGUACUGCUUCCCUGACCAAGUUGAACUAUUUUGUUACAACUGGGACCACAGUAAUUGCAACCAAACGAAGUUGAGCUUUUACUUUGAUGAGUUCAAGCAGGUACUUCCCAGAGUUACCAGAGAAGUGUUUAUUAAUAAUUUGUACAUAGAGAAGAAAGAUUUUGAGUCCAUCAUCAGCAUCACAAAAGCCCGAAGACUAGUUUUCCACUACUGCAAGUUCGACACUUCAACAAAGCCCACCUUCUACUGCUCCUCGCCCAACAUCCAGUACUUGUCCUUCCAACUGUGUGGACAAAUCGACUUAAGUGACUGGAAGACAUAUCCUUCGAAGCUCAGAAAUAUUUUCAAAGGGCUCUCAGAGUCUGGGCUGAAGAGCUGCAUUCAGACUCUCAACGUACACAGAUGUAGAUUAAGUCAAUCUAAAGUUCGAGCUUUGAUUCAGGAGACUUAUGGACUCUCUAUCGACACUGUUAAUACUGAGGACUGGAUUGAACCCCUUGAAGAUUAGGAAAUAUAAGUGGCUCAAUGAUAUUUUGUGGCUGUUUUC